AUGGGUGUGCCAUCCGUCUUGGGCCCGUCUAUCCGUUGUGUGGACUUACUGUCAGUUGUAGACCCAUCCUCUUUCCGCCCAACCUCAGACAGUGUUCCUCCGCCCAAUGUCAGCUACCAGCAGAAGCAGCUCCAAGGCGUACCUGUGAACUACCAUCCACUCAACCCCUUCACGUUCAUUUUGCGUGCAGCCCUCAUAUACCCGGAUAAACUCGCGCUUGCCCACCCAGAUAGCAGGGAGCCCGCCUUCUAUACAUAUCGCGUAUGGGCCCAGCGUAUUCAGAACUUGGCCUAUGCGUUAAUACAGGCAGGGAUACGCCCAGGGGACCGCGUCGCUGUGCUGUCCCCUAACACGCCCAUGAUUGCAGACGCCCACUUCGGAGUCAUUGCUGCUCGCGCGGUACUAACCCCAAUCAAUACCCGCCUGACCUCUCACGAAAUUGCCUACAUCAUUGACCACAGUGGUGCUAAACUGAUAUUGGUCGACCAUGAGUGUUCUCAUCUGUUGCCCACUUCCAGAGUUAGAACCAUCGUCUGCCACGAUACUGGGCGCGAAGGCGAUCCUUAUGAAGGGUUUCUCAGUUCAGGUCGAAAGUUCAGUCAGGAAAGAGGUUGGGCUGGACUGGACGUAGAAACAAAUGAAGAUACUGGUGCAGUCUUGUGCUAUACUUCUGGUACUACCGGCAGACCCAAGGGCGUACUCACUACUCUACGAGGUUCUUACCUUGCUGCUAUAGCCAAUGCUGUCGAGGGACAGAUCAAUCGACAAUCCACGUACUUGUGGGUGCUCCCGAUGUUCCAUGCGGCAGGGUGGACCUUCCCCUGGGCAAAUGUCUUCGGAUGCGCUACCCAGAUCAUUCUAAGAUCAGUUAAUUAUCCUCUCAUCUGGAAGCAUCUGCUCCACUCAAACGCAACCCAUUACUGUGGGGCACCGACUGUCCAGAUUGGAAUUGUAAAUGAUCCUGCCGCACGAUCAUUGUCUCGACCCGUCACCGCUAUUAUCGCUGGUUCAGCACCCACUCCACAAGUCAUAGGGCAACUUGAGCAAAUUGGCAUCACACCCGUUCAUGUUUAUGGUUUAACGUAUACCUAUGGGCCCUUCACACGGUGCUAUGACCAUCCUUUCUGGUCUAACCUCCCGCUUGUUGAGCGAGCGAGGCUAAUGGCUCGCCAGGGCCAGAGUUUUGCCACAGCCCAGGACGUUAGAGUCGUCUACCCCCCGAAACAUGAGGACGACCAAGAUAUAGUGGAUGUGCCAAAGGACGGAAAGACUAUAGGAGAAGUCGUCACCCGCGGUAACAUCGUGAUGAAGGAGUACUUCAGGGACCCCGAAGCGACUCGUAAAGCAUUUAGAGGUGGUCACUUCAACUCCGGAGAUCUUGCUGUGAUGCAUCCGGAUGGUGUCAUCGCAAUAAUGGAUAGGAGCAAAGACAUUAUCAUCUCUGGAGGGGAGAAUGCGUCGAGUCUGGCAAUCGAACAAGAGCUCGCCAAUCACCCUCAUGUACUGGAGGUCUCCGUAGUUGCCCGGCCUCAUGUAAUAUGGGGCGAGAGACCAAUGGCCUUCGUGAUCCUUCGUCCGGAGUUUGUCUCGAAGUGGGCGACAGACAAUGCGGGCUUUGAGGUGGAGCUCAAACGUCACGCACGUGAACGUCUUCCAGGUUUUGCUUGCCCGGAGUGGGUCCAGGUGGUCGAGGAGCUACCCAAAACGUCCACUGGUAAGAUUUUGAAGAGCAGUUUGCGCAAGAUGGUAGCAAAAUUAUGA